AUGCAGUCAGCACUCACUGCGUCAUCAUCCCUCACGCCCGCAACCGCGAACGAGCAGAACUAUUUCUCCCAUUCACUCCAGUCCGACCAACCAUCCCUUCCUACCAGUAGCUGGGACAAAGGUAGAUCUCCCGCCGGUAGAUCGUCGUUCUCAUCACAUCCACAUCUGUUGUGUGCACUGCCACCACAGAUUGCUGUACAACGGCGUCCUCCAGUGGCCAUUGAGCCGUCACGCACACGGCAUACAUCACCACAUACUGCCGCACCAUAUAUGGCGUCUCCGGUCCGUUGCAUGCACCCGGAGUGCCUUGCUGCUGCCUCAAGCGACGAUACAUCUCCGCGUUGCCUGAAAUCGAAGCCCCAGAUCCAGACUACACAGCUACGGAUACCCUCUCCCAGUAGUGCGAAUCCACCAAACUCUUCGCUCAACUUGCAGCGCACACCCACAGCGUCGAGUGCAGUCUCGAGUGCGAGUACGUCUGCUGUAGCAAGCUCACCAAGGCAUCACAAGCUUUACUGUCCCAAAUGCAACGACCACCCGGAUGGGUUUAGGUCAGAACAUGAACUUCGUCGGCACGCAAACCGCGUGCACGUCACAUCGCGUAAAGUGUGGAUGACAGUAGAUGCGUCGCCUGACCAUAGUUUCUUGUCGAAUUGCAAAUCAUGUACCACCGGCAAGCGAUACAAUGAAUGCUAUAAUGCAGCAAGCCAUCUGCGGCGAAUGCAUUUCCAUCCUCGCAAGAGAGGGGAAGGCAAAGGUGAGAAGAGAGGCGGGGCCGGGAGUCUGCGAAGCGAAGAUCCACCGAUGGAGGUUUUGAAGAGAGAUUGGCUGCGCGAAGUAGACGAGAGCGUGGCCGAGGGUGAGGAGAGAGACGAGCAAUACAAGAUGGAUAUUGGAGAGGACGAAGCGAGUGAGACAAGUCCGGCGCAAUGA